CUUAGAUAGGGGCGACAUGUUCAGUGGGCCGGUGUGCCAUCCUUGGCAUUCCAAAUCUGAAGAAUUCUCAACCGUCAACAUGGGCUCAACAAUCGACCUUUUCUUUUACGUUUGGUAACUAGCUGGCAAUGGAGAUGUGCCAGAGGAAGAAGAAGCAGCUCGCCCCAUUGCUGAUCCUGGCCAUGCUCAUCAUCGCCUCCUUUGGGGUGGCGGUGGAGGGGAAGCCGGUGCACGACAUGUACACGCCGUGGUGCAUCGGGAAGUGCUACAAGACGGGCAACUGCAUGCGCUGCUGCAAGCACUUCGGCCACAUCCACGGCCGCUGCAGCCUCAUACACGGCAUGGGAUGCUACUGCUGGUACGACCCCGCCGCCCUCCGCCGCCGCUACCACAAGCAGCAGACAGUGACCGCGCCGCCACCAUCCGACCACCGUCUUCACGCAUGACCUAGCCAUGCAUGCAUGAGAAUUAUUAUGUACUGCUCUGAUCGAGCUCCACUUCAGAUCGUGAAUAAACGAACGCCAUCAUUAUAUUUUACUGUGGUCAUCUAUUCAUCUUGAUUGCCACUCUGUGAAAAAAGAUACUCC